AUGGACCACAGCAUCUGGGUUAACAUGAAACUUCCUGUGACUCUGUUCCUCUCCUCUUGUGUGUCGUUCUUUAGGAGCAGGACCCGCGGUCCCAUCGGCCCUGGCAAGUACGGCUAUGGCAAGGCCCCGUACAUCUUACCACUGCAGACGGACUCUGAACACUCGCCGCAGAGGCUUCGGAGGCAGAGGCCCUCGGCCCGGCAUUCCAGGUCCCAGGGGGCAUCUGGUCCUAGCCACGGCUACGGCCUGUCAGCCCACCGGGCUCCCCAGCACGGGCCUCUGUACCAGAGUGACAGUGGCCCUCGCUCUGGACUGCAGACCUCCGAGGCCUCCCUCUACCAGAUGCCUUUGACCCACGACGGAGGCUUUCCGGCAGCUUCGAGUCUCUUCCAUGGCCCGGAAAUAAGCAGCGGCCGCGGCAUGGGGGCCCACGGGGCAGCUCAGAGCUUCUCACAGCCUGCCCGGUCCACAGCCAUUUCCUGCAUCGGGGCCUAUCGGCAGUACAAGCUAUGCAACACUAACGUGUGUCCAGAAAGCAGUAGAAGUAUCCGGGAGGUUCAGUGUGCAUCCUACAACAACAAGCCAUUCAUGGGCCGGUUUUAUGAGUGGGAACCGUUUGCAGAAGCAGGUCGAAGAAUAAAUAGAAUUAAGACCAUGAGAAAGCCUUUGUUUAACACACUGGCCAACAGAAAUUACCUUUUGACUUUAGCAAUAAUGGGAUCCUAUGAAGCUGCUGAAGGAGAAACAAGAUGUGCCCAUUGAUGCUUGUGCCAAGUAACUGGCGGCAGCGUCUCUUUGGUUUGCCUGGUCAGGCUUCUGCCAGGUGUGCAAAUGUAACCUACACGUGUCAUAUGCUUUGCUGGGCUAAGUGACGGGGCUGUGUGAUGGCCACACAUACUCCCUUGUGAAACCAGCUUUCUCUGUGCGGACCAUGUUCUUUUCUCCAGUUGCCUUAAUUUCGUAGUAAGUGUGCUGAAAUUGGACAAUACAGCAAGGUCAGAAAAAAGUAGCGCUGUCAGAAUACGAGGGAGGGAAGCUGGGUAGCCACGCCUCUAGAAAGAGGUUGCUGGUCCCAACCCAGCACCGCAGGUCUGGUUCUCCUCUACAGAGGCGGAUGUCAGACGUUAAUGGCUUGGAUUACAUGAACUCUAAAUGAUUGAGAGUAGUACGUGCAACUACUCGGUGACCCAAAGACUCAUGGUAGCUCAUCCCCGCAUUCUUCUACCUAGAGGAAUGACAUGUAGGGAAAGCCAGUUAUUAUUCUGCUUGAAGAGCAAGUUGUCCUUGCAUAUGAUGUAAUGAACAUGUGCUGUUUUGCUGGACAAGGAUAACUGAAGUGUGAGUUGGCAACCAAGCCCUACCACUUACAGUGUGCAACUUUGUGUAAUCUUAUUAAAUUUGCAGUCUCGGUUCUUAAA